AUCCACCAUGGCUAUUUCCAGAGGUAAACAAGCCGCAAAUGAAAUUCCAUACGAACUACCUUGGGUGGAGAAGUACCGACCUCAAACACUGGACGACGUUGUCGGAAACUCUGAGACCAUCGAACGUCUCAAGGUCAUUGCGAGGGAUGGCAAUUGCCCACAUAUCAUUAUUUCCGGACUUCCUGGUAUCGGAAAGACAACAAGCAUUCACUGUCUCGCUCACCAGAUGCUUGGCGAAGCCUAUAAGGAUGGUGUGCUGGAGUUGAACGCCUCGGAUGAACGAGGGAUCGAUGUCGUUCGUAACAAAAUAAAGGCGUUCGCUCAGAAAAAGGUCACCCUUCCACCUGGGAGACAUAAAAUCGUCAUUCUUGAUGAAGCGGAUAGCAUGACAUCUGGAGCCCAACAAGCCCUCCGACGAACUAUGGAAAUCUACUCAAACACAACGCGAUUCGCCUUAGCAUGCAACAUGUCCAACAAAAUUAUUGAACCUAUUCAAUCCCGUUGUGCAAUUCUCCGAUAUGCAAAGCUACGCGAUCAAGAAAUAUUAAAGCGAUUGCUAGAAAUUUGCGAGAUGGAGCAGGUACAAUACAACGAUGAUGGGUUAACAGCCCUCAUAUUCACUUCUGAAGGAGACAUGCGACAAGCCAUCAACAACCUACAGUCGACACAUUCUGGUUUCGGGUUCGUUUCAGGCGACAACGUCUUCAAAGUCUGCGACCAACCACAUCCUAUCUUAGUACAAGCUAUGAUAAGGGCUUGCAUGAAAGGCGAUAUAAAUACUACGAUGGAGAAACUUACUGAGCUUUGGGAUCAAGGGUAUAGUGCUGUGGAUAUAGUUGUGACUAUCUUUCGCGUGGUAAAGACCUUUGAUGAACUUCCAGAAUACACCAAGCUUGAAUACAUCAAGGAAAUUGGAUUUACUCACAUGCGAAUAUUGGAAGGCGUAGGCACUUUGGUCCAGCUUGGUGGUUUGGCUGCUCGUCUCUGCAAAAUGAACAUGAAUCCUGAACUUUUCAAGCUGUAGCCUUCUGAUGUGGAAUUACAUGAUAUGAUUGUGAUGUAGUCGAAACGACGAUAAUACUAUAAUACAAACGAAUAUUCCAGGAGUUUUGAACAAGAGAUACAAGAAAAAUUUGCAAACAUAUGUGAUCAUAAAAUAACGCGCAAAACUAAUUUCCGAAUCCUGAUUUUUCGACUAAAAGCAACCAAAUAGAUUCCGACAUAAGUUGCAAACACCGCGGACAAGCCAAUAAACGGUAGA